AUUAAGUUCCAGUCACGUGGUCAGUGGUACUUCCUGCGUCGCGCAUGUGUGCUUCCUAAAACGUCCGCUGUUCUGGUUUAGAAGGCCAAAUAGCGAAACGCCGGGGUGAUGGCUGCAACAUUACGUCUCCUCUUUUCUGUGUCCAGGCCAGGCUGCUUUGUAGCGAGGCACAAUCUUGGGCGUCCUCUCAGUUUAUCAGCGCACAGAGAAGGUUACAAAUAUGUGAACGCUCAGGAACCUCUCAAUGAUAUGAAGUCUAUCACGGACCGAGCCGCUCAGACCCUGCUGUGGACAGAGCUGUUCCGAGGUUUGGGAAUGACUAUGAGUUAUCUUUUCCGUGAGCCUGCCACCAUUAAUUACCCGUUUGAGAAAGGCCCACUGUCCCCUCGCUUUCGAGGAGAGCACGCCCUGCGCCGGUACCCGUCUGGAGAGGAGCGCUGCAUUGCCUGCAAGCUCUGUGAAGCUAUCUGCCCAGCACAGGCCAUUACAAUCGAAGCUGAACCUCGUGCUGAUGGCAGCAGGCGAACAACACGUUACGACAUCGACAUGACAAAAUGUAUCUACUGUGGUUUCUGCCAGGAGGCUUGCCCUGUAGAUGCCAUUGUAGAGGGGCCGAACUUUGAAUUUUCUACAGAGACUCACGAGGAGCUUCUCUAUAACAAGGAAAAGCUGCUCAAUAAUGGAGACAAAUGGGAGGCUGAGAUUGCAGCCAAUAUUCAGGCUGACUAUCUUUACAGAUAGACUGACUGUCUGGGAUCUGGCACACAUUGACUGACUGACUGACUGACUGGCUGACUGACUGACUGGCUGACUGAAUGACUGACCGACUGACUAUCAACUGAGUUAUCUCCAUCAAUAGCGAUCGUUGAUAAAUUGUUCAGUUUGUUCCUGAUUAAAGUUGAGCAGCCCAAUGGAUUGCAGCACAAACAUCGUGGUAUAUUGAUUGACUCUCUAAUAAUUCAAGAUGGUGAUAAUACAAUGAUGCUUUUAGGAAACUCUAUGGCCAGAAAGUUCGAUAAGUUCUGAAAUCUGUUUAAAAAAAAAAAAAAAAAAAAAUGGCACUUGUGCACUGUACUUCAGUACAAAACAUCUGACUGACACACACUGUACAGUUUCCUCACACACUCUACAUACACACCGUCCCAAAAGCACACCUCAGAGUGCUGCAACAUGUCAGACAGGCCAUCAGUUUUGCUUUUCAGUAACUCUUCUUACCUUAAACACACAGCUCAGCAAUAGAGGUGUUGCUCUGACGUUAUGACUUACGGAAAGACAGACAGGAUUGUGUGUCCGUAUAAUAACUGUACAAAAUACCUGUAUUGAAUAAAUUAAUGUUGGAAAAAAAA